GUUCCAUCGCCUCUCAUACUUUUAUUAUGUUCGACUUUCCUUUGUUAAAAGAGCUUGUCAACAGAAUUUUCAAUUCUUCCGCAAUUAAGAAGCUCGUACGUGAUUGAUUUGCAUCGUACAAGUUGGUAACAAUCAAAUUGCUGAGUAAUUUCGCCAGGAACGGCCAUUAGCAGACGAUAAACUUGUGCGUCUGCUAUGGAUCAGAACGUUGAUGAUUAAUGGAAGUCUUCAACGCUUCAGAGAAAAAUGGUAGCUCUCAUACAUCAUAUAAAUUCGACUGUGAUAUGCUACCACGGGCAUAGAAAGCAAAUGUUAUGGAAAGCAGUUCUGCUCAAUCUACCUACUUUAUACCAAAACAAGAAUGCCAGCCGGCUUCUUCUAAUAUGGCAUCUUCGUCGAAACGGCAAACUCGUUCUAAUCUCAUCAAACAACAAGCAGUAAAAAUAAAACUAGAAACUGACGUGAACGAAUUGUUGGAGGAAAAGGUCAAAGUAAAAAAAGCCAGGAAAAAAGUUGUUGUUUCUAUGGAAGAUAAUGUUACAAAGGAACCUAUUAUGCCUGAGAACUGGGAAACUGUUCUGAAAAACAUACAAAUAAUGCGAGCAAAGAAAGAUGCCCCAGUUGAUCUUAUGGGUGCUGAGAAGUGUGCAGACGCAGAAAACUCCCAGGAAGUUAAACGAUUUCAAGUCCUGGUUUCACUCAUGUUGUCAAGUCAAACAAAAGACCAAAUUACUUUUGCUGCCAUGGAAAAGCUAAGAAAACAUGGCCUUAGUGUGGAAAAUAUCAUAAACACUGAUGAGGAGGUUAUCGCAAAAUUAAUUCAUCCUGUUGGGUUUUGGAAGAAAAAAGCAUCAUAUAUAAAAAAAACAGCAGCCAUUUUGGCAGAGCACUACAACAGUGAUAUACCGGAAACUGUCGAAGAAUUAUGCAAACUCCCCGGAGUUGGACAAAAAAUGGCUGUUCUCACCGUCAAUAUCGGUUGGGACAAAACAGUCGGCAUUGGGGUAGAUACGCAUGUUCACAGAAUAGCGAAUCGUUUAGGAUGGACACGUCAGCCCACUAAGACGCCCGAAAGUACCCAAAAAGAAUUAGAAGACUGGUUACCUCGUUCGCUGUGGAAUGAAGUCAACGUUUUGUUGGUUGGAUUUGGGCAGCAGCAUUGCACUCCUGUUAAACCUCACUGUGGCACAUGCUUAAACAGGGAUCUCUGUCCAGUUGGAAAAUCUCACGUUAAUCGUUAAAAUCGAAUUUUUUGUUUUUCACAGCCAACCCAUCACGUUUGUUAUUUAAAGAUGUUUCUCUAGUGUGAUGACCCAUUUUCUAUUCUUCUUCAUAGGCCCAUCCAUUGCGUUGUUUCCUUCCGGAUAGGUUCAGAAUUCAAUAAAGUUGUACGUCGAGUUAG